UGUUCCGCCAGCUGUUUAUUUAUGGGAUCUUUUGUGUUCGUAUAACUACACUGAGGUGUUUAACAACAGAGAUGAGGAAAGUCAGUUGAAAAUGAUUCGGAGCCGUCCGCGGUACUUUGUGAAUCAGUACCAGCAAUUUUCGGGGACGUUAUCCAAUGUUGAGUAUUUAAGAGAUCUCGUGAAAAGAAUCUUGCAACUGAUCGAAGAAAAAAGUCCUCCUCAGAGGGCAAGCCGAGAUGGCGGUGUUUAUGUAGGAGCAGCUGGUAUAGGAUAUGCCUUCCUCUCUGUAGCUGAGUGUACAGAGUUUUCUAACAUUCGUGAUCAAUGCUUUGGAAAAUCCCUGGAGUACAUGAAGGUUAGUCUACAAGAGGUAUCGAGAACAUCUCCUUAUGAUGAUGGUAUUGGGGCAUCAUUUCUCUUGGGGCAUGCUGGGAUUUAUGCAGUAUCAGCACUGGUCUUCAAUACCUUGGGAUAUCAGCAAGAAGCAGAACAGUGUGUUCAGAAUUAUCUGGAGAUGGCUAAAAUCUGCCAGCCACUGAAUUUCUUUCGUCCAGGUUCUGAUGAACUGUUUGUUGGUAGAGCCGGUUACUUAUGUGGGUCACUUCUCUUGAACAAAAAGCUUGGUAGGACUGUGGUACCUCCAGAAGUCACCAGACCCUUGUUUGAUGCCAUCAUAGAGUCAGGUCGACAGUAUUCACAGAGUCACCAUUCACAAAGCCCACUUAUGUACUCAUACUACAGAACAGAGUACUUAGGGGCUGGUCAUGGACUUUCAUCCAUUCUACAAAUGUUACUCAAUUUCCCAGAACAUUUUAACAAAAGAAAAGAUGUUGAAUCUCUCAUUCAUCAAGCUGUUGACUAUGUCCUUGCAUGCGAAGGGCCCAAUGGGAACUACCCACCUGUUCCUGGAGAGGUUAGAGACCAAGAAGAUGAGCUGGUACAUUGGUGCCAUGGUGCCCCAGGUGUUGUAUAUCUUUUGGCCAAAGCUUAUCUUACCUGGGAGGAUGAUAAAUACUUGCAUGCCAUGAAGAGGUGUGCUGCUCUCACCUGGCAGAAGGGAUUGUUGCAUAAAGGGCCAGGAAUAUGUCAUGGUGUGGCAGGUAGUGGAUACGUCUUCUUAUUGCUCUAUCGUCUGACCAAAGAAGACCAGUAUCUUUAUCGUGCGCAGAAGUUCUCGGAAUUUAUGCAGACGGAAGAGUUCCAAAAGGGAGCAAGAACUCCGGACUCGCCAUUCAGCUUAUUUGAAGGACUGGCUGGAACUGUGUGCUUUUACGCCGAUCUCUUAAACCCUUCAGAGGCGGCUUUUCCAUUCUUUGAAGUCUUCUCGUAAUUGUCUAUUUAAAACGCAUUUCCUUAUAUAUGGAUUGAGGAGCCUUGCAGAAUUCCUGUUAAGAGACGGAUGAAAAUAAAGAAAAAGAUAUUUUCCCAGCUG